GUGUUGAUAGCGUCAUCGUCAUUAUUCACUUGUGGUUGUUUGACAAAUCGUGCCACCAUCUCGUCGCCGCCACAAUCAACACAUAACCCCAUCACGCUUCUCCGACAAGUCUUCAUCCAUCUUCAUGCGAUUCUUCUCUUCUUUCGUCCAAGGCUUCACAUUCUUCAACGCUACCAGUCGCAUCUUCCGCAGCCCGCAGUACCUUGAGCGAGCACUUCCAGCAACAAGACUUACGCCACUGCGGUCCAUGUCCGGCAUCCCUUUCCUCGGCAGUCUCUUCAGUAGCAGCUCUUCGCGCAAAAACAUGUCCUAUCCACUCCAGAAGACCGACGACGAGUGGCGCGCCGUGCUGAGUCCAGAACAGUUCCGGGUGCUGCGCAAACAAGGCACUGAAGCCCCGUUCACUGGCAAAUACGAUAAGCAUCAGCCCACCAGCGGUGCGUACACAUGUGCGGGUUGUAAUGCAGAGCUAUACAAGGCCAGUCACAAGUUCAAGUCCGGCUGUGGAUGGCCUGCCUUCUUCGACGCCGUUCCAGGCGCGGUGACAAGACACACUGAUCGGACGCUGGGUAUGGAGAGGACAGAGAUCGUAUGCUCGAACUGCGGUGGACAUCUUGGACAUGUGUUCAAGGGCGAGGGAUACGCGACGCCGACGGAUGAGAGGCACUGCGUAAACAGUGUCAGCAUCAACUUUGGCGACGAGAAGAAGGAGGCGAACGGCGAGUCGAAGGUCUAGACAGAGGCAUUCAGGGGGAACAGCCCAUCACGGCGUGUCUAAAUCAUAUCGAGUCAAAAGCCCGUUUACAUAUAGAACAAGAAGGAGAGGCAGACGUUGGAGAGAAUAUUGUAAUUGGCAAUGAGAACGAGAAAUGCAAAUGCGAUUCUUGAAUUUACCAA